AGGCCUUCCCCAGGCUCUCAGAGGAGCCUCUGCUACCUCUGUCCGGUCCUGGUACUGGGUACUCUCAUCGGCCCCCUGCCUGCCCACCACCCGCCAUGCUGGAGGAGACCCAAGAAGACACCGUGGCACCGACAACAGGGAGCAAGGCGCCACUGGCUCCCAAUCACAUGCAGGAGGUGUGCCUGCACCGGGUGGAGUCCAUCAGCGAUCUACACAGCGGAGGUUCACUGUGGCCCUACCUGGCCGAGGAGGCGCAGCCAUGGGACGAGCUGCUGGGCAUCCUGCCACCAUCACUGUGCGCCCAGAGCGGCUGCAGCCCUGUGCACAUCCGCGGGGGCUUCCUGCUGCUGCUCGCGCUGCUGGUGCUCACCUGCCUGGCGCUGGCUGUCCUGGCCGUCUACCUGAGCGUGCUGCAGAGCGAAUCCCUACGCGUGGUGGCGCACACACUGCAAACGCAGGAGGAGAUGCUACUUAAACUCCGCCUCGCCAGCCUCAGCCAGCUGCGGAGGCUCAACUCCAGUGAGGCCCGAGCACCCGGUUGAGAUGCCACUUGGACCUGGGGCUGUGUGUGGGGGGAAUAAAGUGGCCACUGGCAGCUUUCUCCUCUCCCACUGCUGCUCCACACGACUUCCUUGGUGAGGUUUUUGUGUAAGAGUCGGAUCUGACCCCAUAGCUGCCUGCCUCUCUUACCUCUUCAGGCGAGACCCAGCCUAGCCUUCUGGUGCCAAGACCCCGCUGGGUGUGGCCCAAGGUCAGAGGAAGGGACACCAGCCUCUUGGCUCCUCUUGGGGCCUGUCAGUACCCUCUGGCCUCCUCCAGAUAGCAGGUUCAGAAGUCUAAAAAUAGCGGCCCACCCU